AUGGACUCAAAACAGUUGGAAAACUCUAAUCCGAAGGUUUAUCUCAAGAGUAAGGAUAGAGAGACCACUCGAGCCGACGAAGACGACCGACUUGUCGAUGAGAUUGACGCCCGCGAAGUGUUUGAUCUGAUCCGUGGUAUCCGCGAUCCCGAACACCCCUUCACUCUCGAGGAGCUGAAUGUGGUUUCCGAAGAGCACUGCGAAGUGGAUGUGAAGGACAACGUGUGUCGCGUGUGGUUUACGCCGACUAUAGAUCACUGUUCAAUGGCGACACUCAUUGGACUCUCAAUCCAAGUCAAACUGAUCCGUUCACUACCGGAACAGUUCAAAAUCGAUGUCUUCAUCGCACCCGGAAGUCACGCCACCGAAGAGGCGGUCAAUAAACAAUUGGCAGACAAGGAGAGAGUGGCCGCAGCCCUCGAGAACCAGCAUUUGCUUGAAGUGGUCAACCAGUGUUUACUCGAAUCCUUCUGA